AUGUCGCAACUUUUCAAUCUCUCCCUUCCUGACCUUGGAAGGCACCGCAUAGCCGCCGUCGCUCUGCUACCCGUCGUCCUGCCCACCGUGUACGUCGCAUACCUGAACUGGGCCGUGCGACGCCGCACCUCGAGCACCUCCGGGCGGCUGCCCCCAUCUUCCACUGCCGCCGCCUCCGUACCGCGCAGGCCUCAGAGCCUUCCAGAAGAUGUCCUCGCACGCCCUCAAGACUGGGUCGUGAGUUAUGAGCGCGUCAUAUCGCGGCCUGUCCCCGCGGCCUCCCUCGUCGCCAAGCUUCUGCGGCGCGGCGGCGGCGGCGGCACCGACGAAACCUCGCCAUCGCCACUGCUCACGGCUUACCUGCGCACGACGUACAAGGCGUUUAGCUGGACCCCGCAGGCGUUUCUGAUCCACGGCAUGCUCGCAGAGCCGGAGCGCAAGGCGAGCUUUGGCGCCGCGCACAUUGACGGGCUGCGGUUCGCGCGCGGCGACGUGGUUGACGGCGUGUACAGGGUCACGAGCUACGAGGUUGGCGCCAAGAGUAGCAGCAGCAGCAGCAGCAAAGACAAGGCUGUAGUAGAGGUGGUUGAGCUGAGUAUUGACGUGCCGCGCUCGUACAAGGGCCCGGCGGUGCGAGGGAUUGUUGUGUCGGCGAUGGAGUCGCUGGUGGGGGAUGGCGAGGAUGCGGUGCAGUUUGUGAAUGAGACGUGGCUGUGGCGGAAGAAGGAUGAGAAGCCGACGCUGCUGGAGAGCGGUCUCGGGCAGUGGUUUCAUCGGCUACUGGCGGGAUGGCUGGUCAUGAAGGGCCUUGGAGGUGUGACUCGCAAGUGA